UGAGGUUUGUUUGUAGGAUGUUUGAUUCUUUUCCCGGUACAACACAACUCCAACUCUCGACUUGCACCGACUUACAUUAAAACUCAACUGACAGUAUUUAAAAAACAUUUUACCUACUCGUCUUCAUCAUUAUCCGUCCCAGCGAUUCCAAAGGAAGGUGCUUUUGAGGAGUCAACUGGAAAUACCGCACAGCUUCCAGCUCUCAGCCGGGGUGUCUUCAACACAAAAACGAACGCUCCCGAUGUAACGCGGGAAACGCUACUGUGUUGUUUCUUCAGAGAGGAGCAGCCGCCACGCCAAUCCACAUAUUUACGGAUAUCAUCAUUACCAGGGCCAACAAAUGACCUGAAGCCACAGUCUUUAGCUCUAAUCUGAGAAAGGCAAUCCUCGACAGGACUGCUGCCCGCGGGCUGUGGUGCAUCCGGACAGUUUGAACCCGGAGGAGCCGUUAAUUAUAUGUCGGUCCCCGCGCUGCUCGUUAACGUUUUUCUCUGUAGCCACCGAGCAGUUGUUAGCUCAAACACAAAGAGGGGAGUCUUGCUAACUAGCUAAACAGCCAACAAACCUUUUGUUCUGUUCAUUUGUAAAAAAAAUGGAUACGUUUCAGAAGGUGGAGAAGAUAGGAGAAGGGACGUAUGGAGUGGUUUACAAAGCCAAGAACAAAGUCACCGGAGAAACUGUUGCUCUGAAGAAAAUCCGGCUCGACACGGAAACAGAGGGUGUACCAAGCACUGCCAUCCGAGAGAUCUCACUUCUCAAAGAACUCAGUCACCCAAAUAUUGUCAAAUUGCGAGAUGUCAUCCACACCGAGAACAAGCUCUACCUGGUUUUUGAGUUCCUUCAUCAGGAUCUAAAAAAGUUCAUGGACUCCUUCACAGUCGCUGGUAUCCCACUGCCUCUGGUUAAGAGUUAUCUUUUCCAGCUGCUGCAAGGCCUGGCCUUCUGCCACUCUCACAGGGUUCUGCAUCGAGACCUGAAGCCCCAGAAUCUCCUCAUCAACGCCCAGGGGGAGAUCAAGCUCGCUGACUUCGGCUUGGCAAGAGCAUUCGGGGUGCCCGUCCGCACUUACACACACGAGGUGGUAACACUUUGGUACAGAGCACCAGAAAUCCUCCUGGGCUGUAAAUACUACUCAACAGCUGUCGACAUCUGGAGUCUGGGCUGCAUCUUUGCUGAAAUGCUCACCAAGAGGGCCUUAUUCCCCGGAGACUCCGAGAUCGAUCAGUUAUUCCGAAUCUUCCGCACUUUGGGCACGCCUGAUGAGACCGUCUGGCCUGGAGUCACAUCGAUGCCCGACUACAAACCAUCGUUCCCCAAGUGGGCACGGCAGGAUUUAGCCAAAGUGGUGCCGAUUCUUGAUGAGGAUGGAAGAGAACUGCUUGGAGAAAUGCUGAAUUAUGAUCCAAACAAAAGGUUAUCUGCCAAAAACGCUCUUGUACAUCGAUACUUCCGCGACGUCACCAUGCCAAUUCCCCAUCUGAGACUCUGAGUCAAGAAGGUAUCAGUCCAUUUUAAUACCAACAAUGUCCCAGCAAUAAGGACGUCCUCGCCUCGCCUCAUAUCCACGACUGGAAUGGACAUAAAAAGUGGACACUACAGGAUAUGUUGGAUCCUUUAAUGGAUAUUUGGUAAUACCUAAAACCAGCUUUCGAGACGAUGGACAUCCCGAGAGUUCUAUUGUUCUUUCAGUCAUGAUGUUAUAAUCGUUUAACUGUACAUUUCAAUAAUAUUAUUUUGCAUAUUUGUGUGCAACUGCCAUUUUGGAUGUUAAUGUUAUUUGUGAUUUGGGAAAGUCUUCAGGCUGACAUCCGGCAGACUCAUUCUAGUAAUCUGCCGUUAAAUUUCCCAAUUUAAAUGGUAUGUUGGCUUUAGGAUGUCCACAUUUAAAUAGUCAAAUAGUUAGUUAAAUUUGAUUGAAUAAGUUUGUGGGAUAGUGCAAAUAACAAACGUCAUGCUUCGUGAGACUGAGCAUCCGCUGAGUGACGGAUGUGAACGAACGUCGGCGGCUCAUGUAAAACAGUUGGUGCUGAAAGGGCAUGAGACUCCAGUCUCUUUCUCUUUAGGUUGAUUUUCUUGCAGUGAAAUUCUUUAAAUUUGAGUCUAAAGUAUCUUGUAGUGAUUUUAAAACCGCACCCCACACACACACACACACAUGUUUAUUGGUCGUUCAGGUUUGCAGGACUCACUCCCCACCAGACUGUUCUCAGCGUUGUACAUACGGUUGUGAUAUACAAGUGUUACCUGUUUGAAUUCAGAUUUUACAGAAUUUAAUGUGCCGUCUCAUCUUUCUUACUCUAGAUUUUAUUCGAACGUAACAAAUAAUUUUUAUGGAUAUUGUUUAUUUACAGUUUGCAAAAAAAAAAAUUAAACUUGUUUAAACAGCUGUU